UUUUCGUGCGAACAAGAAAGGCGACAGAGUAGGCAGAUUAGUGUUGAAUUUGCAGCGACUUUGUAACAAAUAUCACUGAGAAAAUGUCGGAAGAAACAAAGAAACUCGAUCUGUCUGGAGAUGGCGGUGUGCUUAAGGAAAUCCUGAAGGAGGGAACUGGCGCAGACACGCCAAACAGCGGCUGCAAAGUCUCACUUCAUUAUACCGGCCGUCUUGUGGACGGCACCGAAUUCGAUUCUAGCGUGGCUCGCAAUGAACCCUUUGAAUUUGAGUUGGGCAAAGGUCAUGUAAUCAAGGCUUUUGAUAUGGGUGUCGCUACCAUGAAAGUGGGCGAGCGUUGUUUUCUAACAUGUGCUUCUAAUUAUGCUUAUGGUGCUGCUGGCAGUCCACCAAGUAUUCCACCAGAUGCCACUCUCAUCUUUGAGCUUGAAAUGUUGGGGUGGAAAGGCGAGGAUUUGAGUCCCAAUCAAGAUGGCAGCAUUGAGCGCACCAUUCUGGAACAAAGCGAUAAGAAACGGUCGCCCAGCGAUGGUGCUUUUGUCAAGGCACACAUUUCUGGCAGCUUCGAUGGCAAAGUGUUUGAAGAACGCGAUGUAGAGUUUGAUUAUGGCGAAGGUAGCGCCAACGGUAUUGUCGAAGGUCUGGAACUGGCUCUGGAAAAAAUGAACAUAGGCGAAACAUCCAAAAUUAAAAUUCAGUCAAAAUAUGCAUUUGGUAGCAAGGGCAGUGAAACCUUUAAGAUACCACCAAACUCGACCAUUGAAUAUACUGUCAAGCUGCUGGAUUGUGGUAAAGGUCUGGAAGAGUGGAAACUGAGUGAUGACGAGCGCGUUGCCGAGGCUAAAGUGUACAAGGAGAAGGGCACCAACUAUUUCAAGAAGGAGAACUAUGAAUUGGCGAUUAAGAUGUACACGAAAUGCAAGAAUAUGUUGCCCAGUCUGAAAGAUAAUACUAGCGAUGAGGUUAAGACUCUGAAGGUGGCCACACACAGCAACAUUGCGCUGAGCCAUCAGAAAUCAAAUAAUCACUUUGAAGCCAAGCAGGAGUGCAAUGCUGUACUCGAGCUAGAUGCGAACAAUGUAAAGGCCUUGUAUCGUCGGGGACAAUGCAACCUGGUUAUUAAUGAGUUGGAGGAGGCUUUGGAUGAUUUCCAGAAAGUCAUCGAACUGGAGCCAACCAACAAGGCUGCUGCCAAUCACAUUGUUAUUUGCAAGCAAAAGAUCAAGCAGAACAAGGACAAGGAAAAGAAGUUGUACGCCAAUAUGUUUGCCAAGUUGGCUGCCAACGAUAAAGAGACGGAUCCUCCGCGCGAGACAGAUGUGUUGGAUCAGUGUGGCGAAUGGUCCGAGGAGGAUGCGAAACGUGAAGCUGAUUUAACGUUGGAGCGCGACAAUAUAAUCAUGAUUUAAAAUUAAAACUAAACCAGCACUUAUGCUGAUAUUCCUUACAAUACUUAAUUGCUUAACACAACCAUUUUUAUUAUUAUAAUUCAUUGUUUAAACCUGGCAAGUUCGCUGCAUUGUAAACUGCCCAAUUUCUGAAUGAAAACAUUAAAAUGGAUUGUAAUA